AUUCGAAUCAUUAUUUUUUGUAAUAGAAAUGGAGUAUGAAUCUGUACCUUAAACAGAAUUUGAAAAACAAGCCGUUGAUUCUUCUUUACUUGGAGAUGCCUAAAAGAAUUUUGCUAAAAAAGUUUUCUCUAUUGUUGGAACUUAAUUAAUGUUCACUGCUAUAAUUGUGUAUUGUUCCAUUUAGUUCAAAUUUAUCGAAACAUUUUGUGAAUAAUUUUUUAUACAUGCAAUCAUUUGUUCCUUGAUAUUAGGAUUAUUGCUUACUUUUAGCAAAUGUAAUGUAAAAAUUUUAAGAAUUUUUAUUUAGCAUCUGCAAGAAAAUUUCCAUUAAAUUUUAUUUUACUAAGCGUCUUUACAUUAUGUGAAGCAAUUAUUUUAACUUUUUCAUGUGCUUAAAUAGGAGACCCUGAAAUUGUUUUUUAAGCAUUUAUAAUUACUACUAUGAUUGUUGUUGCUUUGGCUACCUACGCUAUGACAACUAAAAAUGAUAUCACAUAUUAUGGAGCAGCAUGUAAAUAUUCAUUAACUAUCCAAGUUUUCCUUCUUUUAUUUGGUUCCGUCAUGGCUAGUAUUACUUAUAUUUUUUUUGGAAAUUAAUUUGCUUAUCUAAUCUAUUUAAUUGGAGGUGCUAUAAUAUUAGGAUUCUAUUUGGUAUUUAUAAACAAUCUAAUUAGGUUUAUGAUAUCUAAUUAAUCAUUGGAAACUAGAAACUAAGAUUAACUGUUGAUGAUUAUAUUUUGGGAUCAAUUUUAUUAUACACAGAUAUAAUCAAAAUUUUCCUGAGAAUCCUGGAGAUCUUAAUGAAGUUUAAAAAUGAAAAAUGA